GCUCCCCACACUACCGGAACGCGAUGAACGUCAUGGUGCUGCGUCGAUCGGCCGCGGCAGUGGCCGCAAAGCAGAGCCUGAGCCGCACGGCGCCCGCUGCUGUGGCCGGUAGCACACGCGGCUUCGCGAACAUCCCCGCGCCCGGCAAACAGGAUCCCAAGCCUACGUGGGGCGAGGUGAUCGAGAAGAUGUCCGACACCUUCUUCCUAUCGGACGUGUUCCGUGCCACCUGGUUGGCUUGGGAAGUGCACGUUGAGCGCAAGGUUACUAUUAACUACCCGUAUGAGAAAGGCAUGCUUAGCCCGCGUUUCCGUGGCGAACACGCGCUGCGUCGUUACCCGAGCGGCGAGGAGCGAUGCAUUGCCUGCAAGCUGUGCGAGGCUAUCUGCCCCGCUCAGGCCAUUACCAUUGAAGCGGAGCCGCGUGCGGACGGCGCCCGCCGUACCACAAGUUACGACAUCGACAUGACCAAGUGCAUUUACUGUGGCUUCUGCCAGGAGGCAUGCCCCGUGGACGCCAUCGUCGAAGGCCCCAACUUCGAGUUCGCCACUGAGAGUCACGAGGAGCUACUGUACGACAAGGCAAAGCUUCUGGCAAACGGUGACAAGUGGGAGUUCGAGAUUGCCAAGAACCUCUCGGUCGAGCAGCUCUACCGUUAAGCAGACACAUACACACAAACGGAGACUCUGCACGCUGCAUACUGCGGGAUCGUGAUGCACUUAAGUAGCAUCAUGGUUUUGUGACUGACGAGUGGGGUGUCUUUAUAACAAAGAAAAAUAAGAGCGAAUGAAUGGAGUUUGGGGCUCUUCUAGGAGCUGCGGUGGUGUAGCACAGGGUUGUCAGAUACAGAACUCAGCAAUUGCAUCGAAGUUAUUGGGAAUCGAAUUACGCGUCUUCCGGCGGUGCAAUUGUGAA